AACCAUGCCUACUCUUUCUUCACAUGAUAAUGUGGAACUGAAAGUUACUUCUACCUCUGCUUUCUACCCAAAUAAGGGACUGCAUAAGAAUCAUUCAGGAUAUAAAGUGAACUGGAUGACACCCACCAUCAAGAAGCCCAAGGCACAGAAGGACCAACGGGAGGCUGCUAGAUCCAUGGAGGGAAAUAUUGAAAUCUUAAACCUGAAUAUGAAGCCUGGGAACACCCUGAAGGUGAAGGGCAAAAUAUCUGCUGAUACUGUUGGCUUCAGCAUCAAUCUUGGCUGCAGCUCAAGAGAUUUGGCACUUCACUUCAAUCCCCGCUUCAAUGAGUCUGUCAUCGUCUGUAACUCCAAGUGCUCUGAUUUCUGGCAGACAGAACAUCGUGACCACCACCUUCCUUUCUUCAGGGGUUGCACUGUCAAGUUCUUCAUUGAAAUGCUGUCAGACAAAUUCCGUGUGAAACUGCCGGAUGGUCACGAAGUGUGCUUCCCCAACCGGCAUGGCUACCACAAUAUCAACUACAUAAGCAUCGUGGGAGGCUUAAAGAUCAUCUCCUUCAAGAUGACCUGAUGGGCACUGCAUCCUAGCUCUAAUAAAAACCCAAGCCAGUAGAAGACUG